GGGACGGGAAGGAUCGUGGGGCCGGGAGAGGCCUGGGAGGCACCUGUGCUCUUCUGGAGUCUUUUGUCAGGGGCGUGUUUCACCUGCUCAGAAAUGGAGUGUGGGCCUUCAAGCGUCCCAGGGAGAUGUCCUUUGCUUCUCAGAUGUAAUGCACUUUAAGUUUGUUAUUCGACAGUGAAAAUGAGUCAUACAGAGGUUAAAUUAAAAAUACCCUUUGGAAAUAAAUUACUAGAUGCUGUUUGUUUGGUACCUAGCAAGAGCUUAACAUACGGAAUUAUUCUUACACAUGGAGCAUCAGGAGAUAUGAACCUUCCUCAUUUGAUGUCACUGGCAUCCCAUCUUGCAUCUCAUGGGUUUUUUUGCCUGAGAUUUACCUGUAAAGGCCUUAAUAUUGUACAUAGAAUUAAGGCAUAUAAAUCAGUAUUGAAUUAUCUAAAGACCUCUGGAGAAUAUAAACUUGCAGGUGUUUUCCUUGGAGGUCGUUCAAUGGGCUCCAGAGCAGCUGCUUCUGUAAUGUGUCACAUUGAGCCAGAUGACGCUGAUGACUUUGUUCGAGGUCUCAUAUGUAUUUCUUACCCACUGCACCACCCGAAGCAGCAGCAUAAACUUAGAGAUGAAGAUCUGUUUCGUAUAAAAGAUCCCGUUUUGUUUGUGUCGGGGUCUGCAGAUGAAAUGUGUGAAAAGAACUUGUUGGAGAAAGUGACACAGAAAAUGCAAGCGCCUAAUAAAAUCCAUUGGAUUGAGAAGGCAAAUCAUUCCAUGGCAGUGAAAGGACGGUCAACAAAUGAUGUUUUCAGAGAAAUAAAUACACAGAUUUUGUUUUGGAUUCAGGAAAUCACUGAAAUGGACAAGAAAUAAUCGUCUUUAGUUUAAAAAGCCAUGUUAUUUUGAAUACAAAUACAGUUGAUUUGAUAAAGGACAGCACAAUGCCCAGUGUUAUGAGACUACUUCAGACUAAUUUAAUGCUCUUUAAUGUCCCCGUUUUUAAAAUGUUUUGUGAAAUUAAAUGUUCUUUACAAUGUCUUUUGAAAGCACUGUUACAGUUAUAUAAAGAUGAUGUACAAAUAUUGAGUGGUCUAAAUAUAAUUUAUUUUCAUUAAUAUAGUUAAGUUUUGAAAAAAUAUUAAACAUUUGAAUUUUGUUACA